ACUAUAGAUUGGAGCAUGUUGGAGGAGGCUAUGGGGGACAAAGGGAGGAUGAAACUCCUUAAAUCUCUCGCAGACUGCCCUAAUCUGUGGCGCUCAAUACCAUGCCAACUCUCUGAGCUUCGCUUGGAUUUUGUUUUGCCAGGUGGCCAGUCUUUUCGGUGGAGAGAAACCAGUCCUGGGUACUGGACAGGGGUAUUACAUGGACAAGUGUGGACACUGACUCAGAAAGAUAACCACUUGUCGUAUACUGUGUAUCCCAGCCCAGGGGCAAUGGAGUUGGAAAAGAGAACGAAAAAAAGGCCUGCAAAACGAAAGCUGACUCCUAAUGUGUCUGAACAAAUAAAGCAGGAAAAAGACACAAUAAAGCAGGAAAAAGAGGAGGUGGCUGUAAACAGUGGAUUUAUGAGUGACUGUAAGAAAGACAGUGACAUUUUACAGGAUUACUUCCAGUUGCACAUCAGUCUUAACGAACUCUACAAUCAGUGGGGAAAGUCUGACAAGAAUUUUCUGAAAGUAGCGAAGGAAUUUCCAGGAAUUCGAAUUUUGCGGCAGGAUCCUGUAGAGUGCCUUUUUUCUUUCAUCUGUACCUCAAACAACCACAUUUCUCGCAUCACUGGAAUGAUUGACCGGUUAUGCAAAACUUUGGGAAAAAGACUAUGCCAACUUGACUUGGUGGAGUACUAUUCAUUUCCCACCCUGCAGACAUUGGCAGCUGAAGACACUGAAGCAAAGUUACGAGAUUUGGGUUUUGGUUACAGAGCAAAGUUUGUUAGCGAAAGUGCACGGGCCAUUUUACAGAAGCAAGGCCUUGAUUGGUUGAACAGCCUUCGUCUGGCUCCCUAUGAGGAAGCAAAGUCUGCACUGUGUUCCCUGCCGGGGGUAGGAGCCAAAGUUGCAGACUGUGUUUGCUUGAUGGCUUUAGAUAAACCCGAAGCUGUACCUGUGGACACUCAUGUCUGGCAGAUUGCAAAAAGAGACUAUUUACCUCAGCUCGGUCAGGGUAACAAGACUCUCACAGCAAGGGUUUACCGGGAGAUUGGAGAAUAUUACCACAGUCUCUGGGGUCCUUACGCCGGAUGGGCCCAAGGAGUCUUAUUUUGUUCAGAUCUUAAGAAAUUUCAGCAUUCAGAAGAUCAACCAAAAGAAAAAAAGUUAAAAAGAUAAAAAUGAAAAUUAUUAUUUUUUUGUUAUAUAUUAAGAACAAUUUUAUUUUGUUUUUACACAAGCAAAUAAUAAAUUCUAUAUAA